UGUAUGUUUUAUAAUUUCUAACAAUCAUUCAGACUCAACAGGCUUCUUUUUUUGACAGAUUCAUGGUUUUAUUCUCUUUAUUCUAUCAGCUAGUGAUGGCAGUGUGACACUGAAGCUUCGAUACGUGCUGAACCCUGAACUACAAUUCCAUAGAACCACUGCUUCAGAGCUUGCUUUGGUCCGAAAAAAAUCACGUGACAAAUGACGUCCGAAGCAGCAACUGUUUCGUUGCCUGAAUGAAUCAGCUGACUGGUUCGUGGUCCAAUCAGGUGAUUCACUGACCCGAUAGCGACAGGUGACAGGUUGAGACAGUUUUGAAUUUGAGCGCCAUUAACACUUUAUAAACGCUCUAAACAAUGCACAAUUUGUGGGUUGUUAUCGUAGUUGCAGAGUUAUCGCGUUUGUAUUGAUUCAUUGCGUUUGUAUUGAUUCAUUAUGGAGCCAGCCAGGAAGAGAGGUCGUUCUAACAUGCGGGAACACUUCAGUUUGGUCGCUCCUGAUAAGGUCCAGUGCUUGGUGUGUUCGGCUGAACUGAAGUAUCAUGGCAAUACUUCCUCAAUGAUUAGGCACUUCACUGCCAAGCAUGGAGCUGCUGUGAACCAGGGCAACACAAAUCAAGCGAGAGCUCGAUGAAGCUCUUGUCAAUAUGGUGGUGAAAGACUCGCAGCCUUUUUCCAUCGUGGAUGACUGUGGCUUUAAGGAGUUUGUGGCAUUGCUUGAUCCCACAUAUAGUCUUCCAUCCCAACGGGCUCAGAAGAACAUGGUGGUUCAGAGGUAUGAGGUGGAGAAAACCAAGGCCAAGGCUGUAAUUCAGAGGGUAGAGGCUGUGAGCCUGACUGCGGAUAUGUGGACCUCCAUUAAUAUGGACGCAUAUCUAGCAGUGACGGGCCAUUAUCUGGAUGAGUCUGUGAAGCUGGCCACAGUGCUUUUGGGAGUGUUGCCUUUCCCUGAAGCCCCUACAGCUGCCAACAUUACUGCUGCAACGAGGUCUCUCAUGGAAGAAUGGAGCAUUGAAGGCAAAGUAACAUCAAUUGUUACAGAUGCAGGAGCUAACAUGGUUGCCUCUGUCAGAAGCUUAAAUUUAAGACAUGCACUUUGCUUUGCUCAUUCGCUUAAUUUAGUGGUGAAGAAGUCUCUUGAUGCGACUCCUGGCCUAGAAGACCUUCGCACAAGGGCACGCAAAGUGGUCACACUUUUUAAAACCAGCACAACAGCAAGAGAAAAGCUCAAAGAAGUGCAGGAGCAGAUGAACCGUCCUGUAAUGAAGCUGAUUCAGGAGGUGGACACACACUGGAACAGCACCUUCCUAAUGCUGCAACGUCUUUUUAAAGAGAGACAGUCAGUGGGGGCAGCUCUUGCAACGCUGAAAACAGAUGUGAGACCUCUGUCCUCCGAGACAGCUUCUGCAUGCCUGCAAUUGCUGGGCCCCUUUUACCAGGCAACAGUAGAGCUGUCAGAGGAGAAGAGGGUCUCAGGGUCAAAGGUCAUCCCUAUGAUAAAGAUGUUGAUGCUGUACUUAUAUGACACAGUGGGAAACAUAAGCCACAACACUGCAAAACAACUGGGACAGAACUUGGUGUCGGUGAUGCUCAACAAAUUUGACACAACAGAGAACCAAACUGCACUGAACCUGUCAACACUGCUGGACCCAAGAUUUAAAACCCUAGGCUUUUACAACCAAGUACAAGCACAAUCCUCAGUAAAACGCCUGACUGCACAGUGUUCCCAGGUAAUAAGAGACACCCCUACUGAAGAACAGCCUUCAACAUCAGAUCAACCAGCAAAUGUUGGAAAUCCACCAUCCACAGAUAUUAACCUUUGGGCAACUUUGGAUAGAGAUGCGUCUGAAGCCAGGAGGGCAAGGAAUGCCACAGCAGAUGCCACAGUAGAGGUGCAGCGGUACAUGGUUGACCCACCACUGGAAAGAUCUGAAGAUCCACUAGAUUACUGGUCCAAACAUCGAAAUGUGUACCCUCAUUUGUAUAUAUUGGCGAAACAAUUUUUACGCACACCAGCAUCAAGUGUUCCAUGUGAGCGAGUAUUCUCCAAAUGUGGAUAA